CACUUUCCGUUCCAGCAAUUGUGCCGGCCGCACCAAACCCGCUGACUGAUUCCCCCGCAACAUGGUCUUCCUCAGACUUUUGGGUUGUGAUCAAGACCCGAGUUCUUAAGCUCAUACAGCGUCCCGUCAUGGAACUCCGCUUUGCAUCCUCCUUCCCGCAUCGAACUGUAUAAUGGCGUUCACGUUAGGAGAUCUUCUCCUCAUUAUCGACAAAACGGCGUUGAACCCAUACAUCACUGCCUUUGCACCAAUUCUACUGCAUUUGUUCACCGACAACAAAUUCGUUAUCGAGCAGACAGGCGGUCUCUUGAAAUACGGAAUCGUUAGACCGUUCGCCCCUCUGCUGUACAAAUCUAUCGUUCUAUUUUGUGCUGGUGCAAUCAUUCGCCUGAACCGGUCAUUGAAUAAGAAGGCGUUGAAUAAUGGCGUUGAUGCGAAGUUCGACUGGCCUAAAGAGAUUAUUGUCGUGACUGGAGGAUCUGGAGGAAUCGGAGGCGAGGCGGUGAAGAAGCUUGCGUCUAGAGGAAGUCAGAUCGUGGUCUUGGACGUUCUGCCUCUGACAUAUGCUCCACCUAAGAAUGUGCACUUCUACAAGGUCGACUUGACGGAUUACGAAGCUCUUCAGGAGGUCUCCUCCAGAAUCUCAAAAGACAUCGGGGAUCCCACCAUAGUCGUCGCCAAUGCGGGUAUUUGUCGCGGCAAGCCAAUUCUCCAAGCUACGAAGCGCGAUAUUGAGCUUACUUUUGGCGUGAACAAUAUGGGCAUGCUGUAUACCGCAAAGGCGUUCUUGCCGAGCAUGGUCAAAAACAAUCAUGGGCAUUUCUUGAUCAUCGCGUCCCAGACAGGAUACUUGGCAACGGCGGGAGUGACGGAUUAUUCUGCAACCAAAGCUGCCGCGAUCAAUAUUUACGAAGGUCUGCAGACGGAGACCAAGCAUAUCUAUAAAGCCCCGGCGGUUCGUUUUUCAUGCAUUUCUCCCUCGGCUGUGAACACCAAGAUGUUUGCUGGUUUGAAGGCUGGCAGUGGAUUUUUCAUGCCGCGUCUGUCGGCAGCCGAUGUGGGCGGUCUGAUCGCCGAGACAUUGUGGAGUGGCAACUCGAGUAACUUGUUGGUUCCGGCGUUUGCAUAUAUCUCGGUUCCUAGCAAGUUGUUUCCGGAUUGGAUGCGUGUCGGGAUGCAGGAUGGCGGGGCGGAUGUGAUGUCUGAUUUGAACCCGCAUAAGCCGUUGGAUUGAUGAGUGGAGUUUGUAAAGUCCGAGAAUAUUAUAUACAAUACUUUUGUCCAAUUGUUAGAGUUAUCGAAAUCAAUUUGAUAUUAGCCGACUAAAGCGGAUUUUUAGAGAAGCAGCGGGUUUUUAUAAAACAGUUGUCCCGUCAUGUAUCCAGAAUGAGCGACGUGCUACGUAUGUCUUAAUUUAGCAGUAGAGUAG